GUGAUUAUAUUUUUACUCUGGACUUCAUCACUUUCUCUCCCCGGCUCCUUCCAGCUCCCGCUCUGUUUCACCAGGUAAUUUCUCUCUCUGAAGGGGAGCACAGCUGCAGAGCAGAUCCAGUUCUCUCCCUGUGUGGACCCUCCGUCUGCCUUUUCCUUUCUGUACGGAACCGAACCGUUCGAAACAACUUUUCCAUUCAUGCACUAUUUGCUCCAUCUGUCGCUCCAUUUACAAGCAUGACCGCACAACGUGUUCACAGUAAAAAGCCACCUGCAGAUCAACAUCAAGGUCCCAGUAGUUGAACUAAACCAGACGCAAGAGAAGGGAUUUUUGUCAGCUCCCAUUAUUUAUCCGGCCCUCCUUGUUAAAAUGGAGCUUUCACUGCAGGGUUCCACUUCGUUUGCACCACUCUACAACACUAGCAUGCCAUUCAAUGGCUCAGGGAACAAUACUGUUGAGCAGUUUACAGAAAUCAACCUUUUUGAAGUCCUCGGUCCCAAGCGAUCCCCCUUUUUUUUCCCUGUGACAACAGUUUACCUUUUAAUCUGCCUCACCGGGUUGUCUGGAAAUCUUCUCACAUGUGCAGUGAUUGCAAAGCACAAGAAGAUGCGAAACCCCACAAACUUUUACCUCGUGAGCCUGGCUGUGUCUGACCUCCUCGUCCUGAUGUUUGCGAUGCCGUUGGAGAUUUACGACCUGUGGGAGAACUACCCAUUCCCCUUUGGUGAGGGCGGCUGCUACUUCAAGACCUUCCUCUUCGAGACAGUUUGCUUCGCAUCAAUCCUCAAUGUCACAGCACUCAGCGUGGAGAGAUACAUCGCUGUUGUGCAUCCACUGAAAACGCGAUACAUCUCAACCAAUCAGCAUGCCAAACGCGUCAUCACCGUUGUGUGGGGAGUGUCGAUGGUGUGUGCCGUUCCUAACACUUCGCUUCAUGGCCUCUUUUACUUGCCUGAGAGAAUGGAGGAGUCAGCCAUGUGUGCUGUGGUCAAGCCCAUUUGGAUGUACAACUUGGUGAUGCAAAUCACAACUGUGUGUUUCUACUUCAUUCCUAUGAUGAUUAUUAGCAUACUCUAUCUUGUGAUGGGCAUACAUCUGGGUAGAGAAAAGCGGUAUGCCAAGAAGAACCUGGGGAAGAACGGCUGCAGCAACACCAGGAGAAGGAUUAGUGGGGAGAAUGGGCGCAGAGGACAGGUCGUCAAGAUGCUCUCAAUUGUUGUGGCUGUAUUUGGAGUCUGCUGGGCUCCCUUCCACAUUGAGCGGCUUCUGUGGAGCUCAGUCAGCCAGUGGACCGACGUGAUGCAUAAUGUUUAUCAGUACGUCCACAUCCUGUCUGGCAUCUUCUUCUACCUAAGCUCUGCAGUAAACCCUAUCAUCUAUAGUCUGCUGUCCACGCGAUUUAGAGAGUGCUUCCGAGAACUGGUGUGCUCCCGUUCAGAGGACAACAGCUCUGUAAGAGACUCCCCACCGUUCCCGAGGAUUUUACUGGACACCUCCAUGUCAUGUUCAAGAACUCAGUAUGAGAUUAAGGACUCAAAUUCUUUGCUAUCUCCUAGUGUGACUUUGACUAUGAAAACUGCUGUCCUCCCAUGUGUGGUUAAAGAAACUAACUGCAAGACUUCUGUUUUCUGAGAUUUGUUUGAAAUCUGGAAAUUAGCACAAACAUUGUAAACUUAUCAGUGAACAUUUGGGGAAAUUGAUUUAUUUUCUUUCUUACAGUCAGACUGAGAUGCCAGUUUGCUAAUUAUCAAACUGUCCUCAAGAUAAAGUAAACAUAGUCUUUAACCAUUAUUUAAAAAUACGCUCUAAGUAAUGAUUGUGAAACUGAUGGAAAGACACUGGAUUUAAAAUAAAAUUAAGUUACAUUAACUUAGUGACGCUCAUGUCAACAAAACCCUGUCUCAACACAAACUGUGAAAGAUUUGUUCCCAUAUCUGGAUAGCAACAAUGUAACAGUCCAAGGUAAGAAAAUGAAUGCUGACAUUGUAUUGAUAAGCUGCUGUGUACUGAGCAGCCUUUAUGUGGUAAGAAUCAUGGGUUGAGCAACCUCAGUCAAUCUUUUUCCAAACACGUUUUUAUUUUGACUCAAAUCUUGAACAUUCAUUCUUUGGUGCACUUGUUGGGCACUUAUUGUGAAGCUAUAUAAAAAUAUGUAUAUGCAUUUUGAACUUUGGAGGGAUAGAGGUACAAAAUGUCCAGUCAUGAAAUUGGCUUGUUUGAAAAAAAAACAAAUGUAUUCACUUGUGCUUCACUACAAUCUUCAUCCUUGAGUCUCUCAAGCUACUCACACAAGUAUUCAUCUCAUGUGCAAGACGGGACUGUAUUAGGAAGCGACGACAACAACAAUCUGUGGUAGCUUCUUACGGUCAAACACUUAUGACCUUGAGCAACACACUGAACAAAGUGAAGGCAGGAUAUUGUGUACAAGUGGUAUAAUACCCACCUUUCUACUCUAAAGAAACAGUGGGCAGUUAAUGAUGCCAUAAACAGAGCCGGCUUGAAGCGUUUUAGACAGAGAAAACAAACUGUUCAAAUAAAUGAGAUAUUGCGGGAUUAAACUGAGCUGUCAGGUUAAUUCUGCUUCAUCUGCCCCUCUUAUUGUCUCUGCCAGACAGAGGCUGAACUAGAUGGAGAGAUAGUAAAUCGGAGCUGUGGAUGCGCUGAUGAAUUCAGAGAAGGGGUCACGUUGAACUGUGAAUUAAUUCAGCUGGCCUUGUCACUUCCUCUCAUAUUGUAAUCUGGAAUAAUGAAAAUACAUCGGCACAACUAACAAUGCUUAAUAUGAAAGGGAAAUAGUUAAAUACAAAGCAGCCAUACUAGUGAGAAAAGGUUUGAGCAAAUGCCUCCCUUUUUUGAUUUGCAGGUUGCAGUUAAGGGUUAGGUGUAAUAAUAAACGCUGUGUAACUCAUUCUCAUCGUAUUACAUUUUUCGCUGACUUGACAUCAUGAUGUGAACUGAUCUUUCCCUUUUCUGUUGGUAUAUUAAAAGACAUUUUUUAUCAUUAGUACAAGUUUUCCUUGUCAGUUGUUUUCAGGCUUGCCUACAUUCAUUUCCGUGACAAUAACCAAGAAAUGUGUGAAAUACAUGAAGUGAGAGCAAAGCUACAAAGAAUGUAGCGAAAAUUUGCCAAAGUUUUCAAGCAUAAGCAUAACUGGAUAACACAAUUUACACCCAAAAAAGUGACUUUAUGAACUCUAGUUUGAGUUCAUAAAGUUAAUGUUUCUUUGACAAUUUAUCCAGGAAGAUGUCAGGAGAAAUUCUGUCUGAAAGCAAAGGCUUGAAAACUUAACAAACUGGCACCCUAUGGGGGUAUUUAAAAGGGCAGUUGAGAGGGUUUUUGCCUCCGUAAUUCACCACAGAGGCAAAUGACCACUUGGAAUAAAAACUCUAAUUUGAAAUACAAAUUCUGGCAUUUACCACAUUGAUCUGCAUAGCCAUACAAAAUCACAUUUCUGCAUUGAUAUUUUUUUUAAUGCAGAAAUACGAUUGCUGCAUUAAAUAAGUUCUUAAAAUAAGUUAAGAACUUAAAUAAAAAGUAAAAGUUCUUAUUUUACUUCUUUAAGCACACUGUAGUGUUGGAACUUUUAAAUGUUUGCCAAUUAUUGUCAUAGAAAUAAAUGUAGCUAUAGCGAAGUACAUUCCAAAUGCUAAAACACAUGAAAAGUAAAAAUCAAGUACUUUCAAUUAAAAACCUUAUGCUCAUAAACAAUGAUUGCCUCAGGGAUGCCACCGAUCAAACUAUUUGUAGUAGCUGCAACAUAAACUGCGUUUUGUUCCUCUUCUUAUGUUUGGGUUUUAUAGUAUUUUAAUUCAAACAUUACUUUUAUUUCAAAAUCCUUGGACAAAGUACUUCCAAUGGAGUAACUUCUUUUCGACCUUUUUACUUCCUCAGAAUACAUUUAUAGAGAUUAUAAAGUCCUCACUCCAUCUUUUUUCUGUUACCAGUAAGCGGUCACACAUCAUUUCACAAGUUUCAUCUUAAAGAUGUUCUUUGUCAUGAAAAUGGUCCAUUCAGUGAUUAUUGUAGGACAUUUUCAGAUGAUACUGUUGAAGACAAGAUCUGGUUGUGCUUUCCUGCUUUAGUUAGUACCGCACAAACAUUCACUUUGUUUCAGGUUUGUUUGAAAGAUACCUAUGUGCUUUCAAAAACAGAACAAUGUUUUAUACUUUCAAUACUUCUUGUUUUUCUGGCUCUAUUUGUGAUUAUAUUUAUCCCUUUAAGACUCAAAUAUCUGUAGCCUUAUGUAACUGGCAUUGUGCUUUUUACCUUACUUUUUGUUUUCAUUAGUUUUAAGUGUUUUCUUUCUCCAUUGUCUUUUUAUGGCCCUUCAGGCAUACCAUUUAGACAAACUGAUUGCCUACAUGUGGCAGGGAAGCUUAACACAAAGGAAAAUGUCUCUGGAGAUGGUUUUCUUAUUGCUUGAUUUCUUAUAAAGUUUAAAUCAGGAUUUCACCUCAAAGUAAAUGCAAUGCAUUAAGCAAUUAUGAACAUGUGACAGUAAAAGAGAAAUACUACUAGGCAAGCAUGCAUUCGAACUGCAUUUGUUUGCUCACCGAGCUACUGUGGAAACAUGGUUACGCUAAGAAAGUAGAAAGAAUGAUAUAUGGAUGCAUUAUGUGGUAAUAGGAACAGGUGUUUUGUGUUCUGAAAAUUGGGCUUUCUUGACAAAAAGCAUAAAAAAGUAGUGAGCAGAAUCAUUUCAGCCUGGAUCUUUUGUCAAAAUUGGAUCUUACUUCCAACACAUUAUUAUUACAUAAAUACACAAUUAGUCAAAAGCUAAACUGUCCCCUUCUGUUUAGUUUUUAGGCUAAGCUUCUACCUAGCUUGUGUGUCUCAGUUAAAAAACACUAACCUCAGUAUCCUUAUUUAUUAAAUUAGGUGCAUUUCAUUUCGCAAAAUUAUUGUGUGAAAUGUAAAAAAAGAUAUUUAAAUGUAUACUUUUAAGAUUAUUGGAUUGUCAUCAGCUAUAUUGCGCAACAGUGCCUGAUUUCUCUACCUGUUCUCUUCAUUCUGUUAAACGUUGUAUGCCUUCAGGAAAAAAAAAAAAACCCAGAGGGAAAG